AUGCUGCAGUGCAAGAAAAGAUUCUGGCAGAAAGACGUAGGUCAAGGAGGUUUCAGUAAAACUAACAUGAUGAUCGGACAGUUACAUUACCCGGAUUUCAACGGCUCCGGAAUUGGAGACGACGAAAGAGGAUUGCUGUUGGUAUAUACAUGGCAAGCUAAUGCGUUGAAAUAUGGUUCACAACCAAAAGAUAUGGCUAUUUGCAGUGCCGUUCAUGACAUAAGCAAGAUCAAUCCCGAAAUAAAGCAUGAAUUUGAGGUUGGAACCGUUCAGGCAUGGUACAGCGAUCCAACCUCCGAAGGUGCUUUCGCGAAUUUAAAACCCUAUGAGUACAUAGAUCAUAUGAAUAGCCUGACAAAACCAACAGACACCGUAUACUUAGCUGGAGAGGCAUUGUCCUGGUCAAAUGGUUGGAUUCAGGGAGCUAUAUUCUCUGGGCUAAUGCAAGCCUACUGUUUCCAGUCGCAUCAAGAGGACAAAGAAAUUGUCACGCCUUAUCUCUAA